AUGUCCUCACACGGAAUGGAAGCAAAGCUUCGUGUAAUUAAUACCAGUGGAAGCCAUCAAGAGGACAAGCAAGAGAACGGUAAAGCUGACAGUGUUGAGUUCUAA